AUGUCCAGCCAAGGUCCCUUAACCUCCUGGCUUCUUUCCGCAACCCCCGAAGCCUUUAAACGAGCAACAACCCACCCCUUUCUCGCCUCCGCCGGCCGCGGCACUCUUCCUAAAUCAACUCUAUCUCAAUGGCUCGCCCAAGACCGGCUCUACGCACAAUCAUACAUCCGGUUCAUCGGCCUCCUACUCGCUAAGAUUCGCAUGCCAGCCCAUAAAGCGAACAGUGCGUUCCCGCUCAAACCAUCCUCGGAACAACGGGCCGUCGAGGUCCUGAUCGAUGCACUGGUCAAUAUUCGCACCGAGUUAAAAUUCUUCGAGGAGACGGCCACUGCCUACGGGUUAGAUUUGACUGCUAUCUCGGCCGAGGAGGGUGGUGAGAGUCUUGCUGAGUCCGGCUCCGGGAGCAUUACUACCUCGGCGGGGAUUUCGACCACGGGGUCGGGCUCUUGUCCUGGGUCGACGGGCGUGGCUUGUGGAAGCAAGAAUAUCUCUACGGCUGCUGCUGAUGAGGGGGAGAUGGAGGGGGUUCGGGCUGAGGGACAUGGACUCUGUGGUGCGCAAGGCGAAUGCCAGAUGCAGGCUGGAAAUGAGGUUUGUAAUCCUUCUUCGCCGCCGAAACCGCAGCAAGGAACGAAUGCGGCGGAAGGCGAGCAGCCUUGUUUGCCAUCUGGUGGGCAUCCUGUGUCUGCGGCGCCGUUGGAGAGGGGUGGACCGAUUUAUUUCGCGGCCACAUGUAUUACGCGCGCGUACAUUGAUAUGUUCAUGUCGGCGGGAAGUACGGGAGCUUCUCUUCUCGAGGGAUUGGCGGUGCUCUGGGCGACAGAGGUCUGUUAUUUGCGGUCGUGGAGGUAUGCGGCUUCGUAUUUGAAGUUGAGAGAUGGACAGGGCCAGGAUGAUGCGGAUGGCGGGGCGUUGAGGGAUAAAUUCAUUCCCAAUUGGUCGAGUGUGGAGUUUGAGGAUUUUGUCAAUCGCAUCGGGGAUGUGUUGGAUGAGAUGGCCGGGGAGACGAAAGGGUGGGAGGAGGCGGAGAUGAUGCGUGGAAGGUGCUUGGAAUGGUGGAGGCAGGUGGUUUGGUUGGAGGAGAGGUUUUGGCCUGCUAUGGACUAG